AUGGAUAUGGUUAUAAAGAAGCGAAAGCGAUUCGAGGUUGAUAUGGGACAUGAGACCCGACGCAUGCGCCUCCGCAAAACCCAGGAACGAGACAAGUAUGGCGCGAAGCUCCAACGAACGCCAAAGCGCCCGAACGCUUUCUUUGACCAUCUUCCGUUGGAUGUUCGCCACCUGAUCUACGAUCUUAUCCCGCUCAGGCCAUUCCGCGAAGCUAAGAAUUAUUCCGGCCUUUAUCUAUCAUGUCGCCAAGCUAAGAAGGAGAUGGACAACGCAGCUGCUCCUAGGCUACGGACCUACCUGUUGGAGAUACAGCAAAAGCACAGCAACGAUCAUGUCGAGAUUAGCCUUCCGAGGGAGCUCACGACUGCGGCGAUACCAGUGGAUACGAUGAUAGAUAUCAACAUUAAGAUCCGGUUAUCUACUCCGAGCAUCCGUCCGAAUAAGAUUGUAAUCGACAUCGCAUUGAGUCUACAUAUGGUCAAACUGAACAAAGUGCAUAUUCACAUGGUCGAAACUCCGUGGAACAACCCGCUUUGGGCACCAUAUAAGCCUAAAGAGACUCUUGUCGGUUCAAUUAUUGAAAGGCUCUUAGGACCUAAUGCGUUAUGGGUGAGACUUAUCGGUCGGAGCUUCCCCAUACGAGUCAAAGAGUUGAUAGUGUCCCGGGAGCGCAAAUGUGGAGGCAAGGAAGAGCCGAUCCAAUGGAUGGACGGCCUUAAGUAUGAAAUUACAGCACAGAGUGGAUUUCGUGUACCAUACGGGUAUAAGUUCAAGCAAGAGGACGGUAAUGCUACAGCUUGGGUGGUAGUUGCUCCGAGGCCAUACCUACCGGGGGAUCCCGUUGAGAUGAUGAAUUGGGAUCUAUUCUGGUUGGACUACUUGGAUGAUCGAAAGUUCGUUGAUCGACUGUCAAAGGCGACGAUGGACUUUACUACGCUAGAGAUUGGAGAUGGGGAAGAGAUACCUAAGAGGACUUGA